AUGGGUAUUCAGCACCUCUGGACGCUCGUCAAGCCUGCACGUGAGCAAACCACGAUAAGAGCUUUGAGUUUGAAGGAUGGGUUUGAAGAGAAGUAUGGAUCUGGGCCGAGGUUAUAUUGCAUUGGCGUGGAUGCCAGCAUCUGGCUUCAUGCGCUGCAGCACAAGUUCGCAGUCAGCCAUGCGCAGUCUGGUGAAAAUCCUGAGCUGCGGACCAUGCUGUUUCGUCUCCUGCAAUACUUGAAGUCACCCGUACAUCUGAUCUUUGUUCUUGAUGGCCCUGAACGACCUGAUCUGAAGAGGGGCACGAAGGUGAUCAAGGCAGGUCAUUGGAUGGUGGAAAGUAUGAAAUUGUUUGUCCAUGCAGUCAGGUUUGACUGGCACAUGGCACCCGGAGAGGCCGAAGCAGAACUUGCGUGCAUGAAUCAGACCGGUAUCAUUGACGCUAUCUUGACCGAAGACAGUGAUGUCCUUCUGUUUGGUGCUCGGGUGGUUAUUCGAAACCCCAAGUUUAAAGCCGGUGAGGAAGAUCCUCCUAUCGCGAUGUACAGGAUGAGUGCAAUAUUCAGCAAUCCUGAGAUCGGUUUGAAGACGCGCGGUGGAUUGAUUCUGUAUGGCCUUCUGUGUGGGAAUGAUUACGACGAGCCUGGUCUCUUGGGUUGUGGAUCAUCAAUUGCAGUUGGUCUAGCAAGAUAUGGGCUCGGCCAAGCACAUUUCCUACGCUCGUGGAGGGACGAGCUUGUUUUCUACCUGCAGAUGGAUCCCUCUGGCUAUCUCGGUCAGCGGCACAAGAAGUUGGCUGAUAAUGUCCCGUGCAACUUUCCUGACCCGACCGUCGUGCGUGCCUUAGCAUAUCCAGUGGUCUCUGUAGGAUUCUACGGUCCAUAUGGAGCUGCGCGAUUCUGCCGGGACUCAAACAUCGAUGUCAGUCAUCUGGCCGAGCUCUGUACAAGGUACUUCACAUGGGGUCUCUCGGAGGAGGGAGUAUUGCAAAAGUUUCACAGUGUGCUCUGGCCUGGACUUGCCAUCAGGCUGUUUCUGGAGAGGGCGAUGAGUGUGAACUCAGAAGGUGUCCAGUUUGCCCCUUCUGCCGAGCAGUGCUGGGUCAAGCCGAAGAAGACCAUCACAACUCAGCCGGAGGCGCACAACCGCGGCGGUGUGCCCUGCCUGCGAGUCAAAGUUAAAACGGCUCUGUUUGUCGGCUGGGCGAAGACAGGGCUACGGAAGGCGAUUGAACAUGGCGGGGUGAAGGCGAACCCGGAUGCGAAGGUACCAGCUACAUUGUUGGUAUGGAUCCCGAGGUGUAUCGUCAUGCCCCGCGAAACGUCAGCGGCGGCGGUCUCCGCGGGGCAUGAAGUGCCCCGCACUCUCACAGACUAUCCUCCGGCCAAAUCAGGGCCUUCCCGAAGUGGUGGUGAAGCCUCGAGCGAAGACUGGAUGAUCCAAUGCAAGGGAGUUGUUGAUCUCACGGGCCUUUCGGAGGAAGAAGAUGGAUUGUAA